GUUGAGUAAGCUGAUAUCUGAGCUAGCUUAUUUUCCUUUACAACCAUGGAUUUGAGUCUCCAAAAUCUUCCCUCACCUGCAAUCUUAACCUUUCUCUUCUUCUUCAUAGUGUUCAGCAUAGUUUGGAAAACAAAAGCCCAGCCUUCAAGCUCUAAGUUACCACCAGGACCACCAAAAGUACCUAUUAUAGGGAACAUGCACCAGCUUGGUGCAAUGGUUCAUCAUGGUCUAGCAAAAUUAUCAAAGCAAUAUGGGCCUCUAAUCCACAUAAAACUUGGAGGACUUUCCACAAUAGUGGUGUCUUCUCCUGAAAUGGCCAAAGAAAUAAUGAAGACACGUGACAUCAUUUUUGCAAAUAGGCCUCAUCUUCUUGCUGCAGAUGUUAUAACUUAUGGUUCUAAGGGCAUGACCUUUUCCCCUUAUGGAAGUUAUUGGAGGCAGAUGAGAAAAAUUUGCACCUUUGAGCUACUAACUGCAAAGCGUGUUGAAUCAUUUCAAUCAAUUAGGCAAGAGGAGGCUUCAAAUCUUGUUAAAGAGAUAUGUUUGAAUGAAGGAUCAUCCAUAAAUCUCACUAAGUUUAUCAAUUCAACAUCCUAUGGUUUAACAUCAAGACUUGCCUUAGGAGGCAAGACUGAAGAUCAAGAAGCAUAUAUAGCUCUUAUGGAUGAUGUGUCAAAAGUAGUUGCUGGUUUCUCUAUAGCUGACCUGUUUCCUUCCAUUGGAGUGCUUAAAGUUUUGACACGAAUAAAGUCCAAAGCUGAGAAGUUACAUCAAGAAGUAGACAGGAUCCUAGAGAAAAUUCUCAGAUGUCACAUGGAACCAAGUUCAGAAACCAAGGGAACCAAAGAAAAAGAAGGUGAAGAUCUAGUUGAUGUCCUACUAAAGCUUCAGAAGCAGAACAACCUUGAGCAUCCUCUAUCUAACAGUGUUAUCAAAGCAAUCAUGUUGGAUAUCUUCAGUGCUGGAAGUGAUACUUCAUCUAAAACCAUAGAAUGGGCAAUGUCAGAACUUGUCAAAAACCCAAGUGUGAUGGAAAAAGCACAGGCUGAGGUAAGAAGGGUAUAUAAUGAAAAAGGGUAUGUAGAUGAACAAAUUCUUCAUGAGCUGAAGUACUUAAGAUCAGUUAUCAAAGAGACAUUGCGUCUACAUCCUCCUGUGCCAUUGUUACUUCCAAGGGAAUGCUAUGAAAGAUGUGAAAUUAAUGGGUAUGAGAUACCUGCCAAGAGCAAGGUAAUUGUUAAUGCAUGGUCAAUAUGUAGAGAUCCUAACUAUUGGAAUGAAGCUGAGAAGUUUUAUCCAGAAAGGUUCCUUGAUAGCUCAAUUGAUUACAAAGGUGCAGAUUUUCAGUUUAUUCCAUUUGGUGCUGGGAGAAGAAUGUGUCCUGGCACUACAUUUGCCAUUGCUAAUGUUGAAAUCUUACUAGCAAAUUUGCUUUUCUAUUUUGAUUGGAAGAUGCCUAAUGGUAAUAAGCCUGAAGAACUUGACAUGAGUGAAUCAAUUGGUUUAUCUGUUAGAAGAAAACAUGAUUUGUACUUGAUUCCUAAUAUGUAUCACUCAUCUGCUAAUUAAGAGCACUAUGAAGGAUUUCUUGUUCGAUUUUUAAAUUUUAUAAUUAUGCAUGUAAAAAUUAUGUUAAGUUGUUUAUAUUUGUGAUGAUUUUUAAAUUUAAAUCAUCUGUUCAUGUUAGUUACCUAUGUGCACAAUGUUUGUAUGGAAAGAAAAUCAUUUGCUAUUG